AACAGAAUCCCAGCAAAACAAGCACUCUUCACCUUUCCCCCAAUUUUCCAUUUAACGUCUGUAUCACACACCGCCGACAGGAAUUCCGCCUCCGCCGCACACGAUUAACAUUCUUCUCCACCCCCACCAUGGCCAGCACAGGCUUCUCAUCUUCCUCCGCUCCGGCAUCUUCAUCGUCCACUUUCAGCUUCUCUAACCCUAGCUUCACUUCCGUCCCUUCAUUCGCCUUCAGUCCUGCCUCUUCAUCUGGAACUUCAUCAUUCAGCACCACCACCGCUUCAUCCCCCUUUGGUGGCGCCUCUCUUGUUGGGCCCUCUUCGAGUUUUUCACCCACUGCUAAUCCAUUUGGAUCCUUAGCAUCCGGUUCGGGCUCUGUGUCUAACUUUUUCGGAUCCUCAUCGUCUGCAGCGACUAGUACUUCAAACACUUCCGGAUUCUCAAAUGCGGGUCCAGUUAUAAAUUCAUUUGGAUCUUCUUCUAGCGCAACUUCUACUACGCCUAGUCCGUUUGAAUUACCCUCCAGUGAUUCGGGUCCAACCACGAGCAUUUUCGGAUCCAUGUCUUUUGGUGUGAAUCCUACGUCGGGCCUCUUCGGAUCAAGUUCUUCAGCUGGCACGUCAUCUGCUGCUCUAUCCCCCCUUGGCACCUCCCCCCUACUCGAGUCCCCUGCUCCGGGCUUUUCUGGCAUUUUCUUGUCAAGUUCAGCUCCCACACCCGGUCUUUUUGAAUCCUCUUCGGGAACUUCUAAUGGAAGUACCACCAUUCCAUUAUUGGGGUCAGGUUCCGCUCCGUUUUCCAGCCUUUUUGGAUCCUCUAUAGGAUCCUCUACUGGAACUACCACUAGUCUCUCAUCUGGAUUGAGUUCCGCUCCCACAUCCAGCCUUUUUGGAUUCUCUUCAGGAGCUUCUACUGGAAAUACUGCUAGUCCCUUGUUUGGGUCGGCUUCUGCUCUUACUUCCAGCCCUUUUGGAUCGGGUUCUACUUCAUCCACUGGCCUAUUUGGAUCAUCGACAUCCUCAUUCACAACUCGAGUUGCAGCAACCACUGGCUCUACACCCUCAUCCGUGUCGGGUUUUGGGUCUACCCCUGGUCUGUUUGGUGUGUCCCCAUCAUUAUCAGGGUCAACUUCGGCAGCACCAAUGUUUGGAUCCUCUAGCUUCACUUCUGCAGCACCGGCAUUCUCAUUGCCUACCACUGCUUCAAGCCCUGCUACUUCUGCACUUUCAAUUUCAUUCCCCAAUUCUUCAACCUCUGUUGCUUCUGCCCCUGAAAUCUCGUCCCUCGCGGCAUCUACUACUGGCCUUGGCUCUGCUUUGGGCCCAGCAUUUUCAUUUCCUACAUCUUCCAGCUCUGCGUCAUCUUCAGGUUUUUCAUUUCUAAACAACACCACAAGUUCAGCAUCUGGCACAGUUUCAUUCUCAUCUUUAUCUGGAUCCUCAUCCAGUUUUUCAUUUGUGACUUCUGGGUUUCAAUCUUCAGCACCGUCAGUUUCCAGUGGACCUGCUUCAAAACCUGCAAUUGGAACUGCUGCUUCUACUCUUUUCUCCACAGUAACAACCACUGCGCCUGGCAGUGCUUCUUCUCCAGCUGCAACAACCCAUUCUUCUUCUGCUUUGGUUGGUAUCAGUUCCAGUUCUGGUUCGUCCUUUCCUGCAUUGAGCCCUGCCUAUUCUGGUGCGUCUGCAGCAUCUACUAUCAAUGCAUCUGCUCCUUUGUCGGGCUUCACAGGUUUCAGUACCACUAGCGCUCCAGCCUCUUCGGCUGAAACUAUGAGCUCUUUCUCCGUUAAAACACCCAUAUCCUCGGCUUCAUCAGCAUCUCAAUUGCAAUUCUCUUCCACUGGAACUGUGAGCUUUUUCUCCAAUAAAACACCCACAUCCUCAGCUUCAUCAACAUCUCAAUUGCAAUCCUCUUCUGCUGGAACUAUGAGCUCUUUCUUCAUUAAAACACCCACAUCCUCAGCUUCAUCAGCAUCUCAAUUGCAAUCCUCUUCCGCUGGAACUAUGAGCUCUUUCUCCAUUAAAACACCCACAUCCUUAGCUUCGUCAGCAUCUCAAUUGCAAUCAACUGCUGCUAUGCCUUCUUUUGGUGUCCCUACUUCAAGUUCAUCAACUGCAACAACCUCGAGUUCCAGUUCUGCUGCUCAAAUAUCUUCAUCUUUGGUUCCAGCUUCCAGUAGUGGGACCACUUCAACUGUGGUACCUUCUGCACCAAAGUUACCAUCUGAAAUCACUGGGAAAACUGUUGAAGAGAUCAUUAAGGAAUGGAAUGCCGAGCUACAAGAGCGUACUGGAAAAUUUCGGAAGCAGGCUAAUGCGAUAGCUGAGUGGGACCGCAAGAUUUUACGGAAUCGUGACAUACUUCUACAGCUUGAGAGUGAAGUUGCUAAAGUGGUUGAGACGCAAGGUAGUUUGGAGCGGCAGCUGGAGCUAAUUGAAACUCAUCAAGACGAGGUCGACAAAGCCUUACAAAGUAUGGAAGAUGAAGCAGAGCGAAUAUACAAAAAUGAGCGAGGAUCACUCCUUGAGGACGAAACUGCAUCGAUAAGAGACACAAUGUAUGAGCAGGCUGAAUUGAUAGAGCGGGAGCUGGAGCACAUGACAGAACAGAUCAAAUCGAUCAUUAAUACUCUUAAUGCCAAUCAGGGUGGAGGGCUUGAGGCAACUGAUGGGAUGACUCCACUGGAUAUUGUUGUUCGUGUCUUAAACAACCAAUUGAGUUCAUUGCUUUGGGUGGAUGAGAAGGCUGAAGAAUUCUCUUCACGAAUUCAAGAGCUUGCAAGUCGAGGCUCUGCUCGUGACCGUGAAUCAUUGACCCCUAAGCUUUGGUUGUCAUAGUUCCUGAAGGGACAAUUUACACAAAAUCAGGUAAUAUGUACUCGUUGUGUAUGGAAGCAGUUGCAUUUGCAACAUUUGUUUAGUUGUAUUUGAUGUAAUUUGGAUAAUUGAUUUAGUUAAUUAAUUUUUAUUUGCAUGAUCUGAAAUUUCA